AGGCAGGGAGAAUGCAGAGGUAGAAACAAGGCAGAGGGGGAGAGAAGAGAGAGGGGAGAGCGUGAGAAAAAGUGGCAGGUCACCACAUCAUGUCAAACAGCGACGACUACUGCUCCUACGAACUAUGAGCUGCCUCCUACUCCUCAGCUGCCAUUAAAGCAUGUAGAUACACCGGGAUCCACAAGAUCCUGCAAGAGCGUGGAGAUAAGGCGAAAGCAGUCGCGGAGUCAGAGCGUGGUUCAGGCCAUGGAGGAGAGCUAUGAGGUGGACUUGGUCUACAUCACGGAGAGGAUCAUCUCUGUCUCCUUCCCCGCCGCCGCCGAGGAUCCCAGCUACAACGCCAACCUCAAGGAGGUGGCGACGAUGCUGCGGUCGAAACACGGCGAAAACUAUCUGAUGCUCAACCUGAGCGAGCGGAGGAAUGACUUGUCGAAGUUAAACCACAAGGUUCUUGAGUUCGGCUGGCCAGACCACCACGCACCGGCGCUGGACAAGAUCUGCAGCAUGUGCAAGGCCAUCGACACGUGGCUCAACGGAGACCCGCGCAACGUGGUGGUGCUACACAACAAGGGGAACCGCGGUCGAACGGGGGUGGUGGUGGCUGCGUACAUGCACUACAGCAACAUAUCCGCAAGCGCUGACCAAGCGUUGGACAGGUUCGCCAUGAGGCGCUUUUACGAGGACAAGGCGCUUCCGGUGGGUCAGCCGUCACAGAAAAGAUACGUGCGCUACUUCAACGGCCUUCUGUCCGGACACAUAAAAAUCAACAACAAGCCUCUGUUCCUGCAUCACGUCAUCAUGCACGGCAUACCCAACUUUGAAUCCAAAGGAGGCUGCCGUCCUUUCCUGAAGAUCUACCAGGCGAUGCAACCCGUCUACACGUCAGGAAUCUACAACGUGCAAGGAGACAGCAACACCAGUAUCUGUAUCACCAUCGAACCUGGACUGCUUCUGAAGGGGGACAUCCUGCUGAAGUGUUACCACAAGAGGUUCAGAAACCCGACCAGAGACAUGGUAUUCAGGGUGCAGUUCCACACUUGCGCCAUCCACGACCUCGGCGUGGUUUUCGGGAAGAACGAGUUGGAUGAGACCUUCAAAGAUGAGAGGUUCCCAGAGUACGGCAAGGUGGAGUUUGUUUUCUCAUACGGACCAGAAAAAAUCAAAGGCCUGGGCCACCUGGAGAACGGGCCGAGCGUUUCUGUGGACUACAACACCCAGGACCCUCUGAUCCGCUGGGACUCGUACGACAACUUCAACCACCGCUGUGAGGACAACGCAGACGGCGAGCACG